AUCAAGUGACGAUUCGUUUUUUUCCGCAGCCCGAAGCGCAGCAAGACCUGCAGUGACGUCAUGUCCGCCGACGCCCAGGCCCUGAAGAAGAAGAUGGGCAAGAUGGCCUGCGACCCGGCCGCCCGCGCCAUCCUGGGCAGCCUGCUGCUCUACGUCACGGGCCGCGCGGACCGGCCCCCGGGGGCCGAGGCCGCGGAGAGCAGGGCCGGCCGCCAGCCCCAGCCCCGGCCCCAGCCCCCGCCCCAGGAGGCCGCCCAGCGGCCCACGCGCUUCCAGCUCCUGCAGGCCAAGUUCCUGGGCCCCGGCCGGGAGCGCUGCCUCAAGAGGACCCGGGAGGUGGGCCGGCUGAUCUGCAGGGACAAGCAGGGGCCGGGCAGGGGCGUCGUGGGCGCCACCAUCAACAAGCUCCUGGAGAAGACCAGGGAGCCCGCGCCGAAGCCCCGCCCCAGCGAGAAGCCGCACUGGGGCCACCCGGCCGCGAAGAGCCCCGUGAAGAGCAUCCUCAAGAAGUUCCUGGCCGCCGAGGAGAAGGAGGCGAAGGAGAAAGACGCGCGAGAGAAGCCCCCGGCGGAGCGGCCCAGGGCCCGCGGCCUCCUGCCGAAGGUGGUGGGCAAGAGCUCGGUGCUGGCCAAGCUCCGCGAGAGGUUCGAGCAGGCCAGCUGCCUGUGCUCCGAGGCCGGCGCACUGCGGCUGCGCACGGAGGAGCGGAAGAGGCGGAACCUGCAGCGGAAGCGGAUGCACCGGCCGGAAGUGCGCGUGCUGCACACGGCCGCCAUGGCCAGCAGCUGCGUCAGGACGCCCGCCGCCCGCUUCCUGGCCUGCACCGCCGAUCCGCUGCCGGCCCUCAGCGUCGCCACCGUCGUCUGCGGCCCCAGGAGCUGGCUGUCCCACUGCACCAAAAUCAGCCACUCGGAGGCGAGGCGGCUGCCCAGGGCAGAGACCAGCAUGCCCCCCAGUGCGGGGGAAACGGGGCCCAGUGGGAACAAAGCAGCGGGAAAGGGGUCCUCGGAGGAGGAGCCCCAAAGACGGCCGAGCCCCUUGAAGCCCGGGACGCCCCAGGUGACGGCUUGGAGGGACGGCCACGCUGGCCCCUCAUUGGCCCCCUCUUGUGCUCCCCGCACAGGCGAAGCCCGUCCUGGCCUGGUGCCUGCAUCAUCCCCACUGGGACCCGCCAGCCCGUGGGGUCCCCCUGCAAAGAGCGCUGCAGACGACGUGCAGGAGGUGAGGGGAGCCACAAUCAUGUGGUGUUCUCGUCCCACGGGCGAGGGUGCAGGGGAGGGCCCUGAAAUCACCAUGACUGUUUGCAUCUCAGAAGAUGAAACGGAAGGAACAGGCUUCCCAGACCCGGGGAGAGACCCCCUCUUUGCCACCCAGAAGUAUUUCCCAGAACAGAAGGUGCCAGAACACAUCCCACCCAUGAACACGCCAUCGGUCCAGGCUGCUAGGACAACACAGCCCAGCACGGAGCCUCCACGGAUAACUGUCCAAAUCCCAGUCGUCCACAAAAUGCCUGCCUCUCCCACCACGCUGCAAAAUGCAUCAAGUGGUGAAAACCAAUGUUCUCGUAUUUUUGGAGGAGAGAACGUGGCUGAAAAGGCACACACAGAAUUUUCUACGGUGACUGAGAACAGAAGGGAUAACCGAGCCCCAGUGGAACCCAGCAAGCCUUCGGGGACACAGGUGAGACUCGGUGCCUCCUCACCACAGGGACCACGAGCAGCUCUGCAUCCGGCAGCGAGAGGAGCUGCAGGCGCCAGCCACCCUGUCUCAGAGACGGCUCUGGCACAGAGAACCCGGACAGAUCCUGCUGGUGGGAAGGGAAUUCUCAAAGGCAGCUUUGAGAGUUCACAUGGUCCCAGGAAUCCUGAGCAUAUUUCAGGAGAGAGGACCUGUGAGCUCAGAGAUGAGAUGCAUCUGUUACAAGAAUCAAAUGAAGUAUCUGUGCAGAACAAGGGCUCCACAGCAAAUUCUCCCACAGCCUCGCAGAACCGUCUGAGGGGAAACACUGGCCAUGCCUCCGGUGGCCAGCAAGUGCCAUCCCCGACCAGAAGAAAUCCAACAGGUGCCCCCACAUCGCUGGCAGCACCAUCCCAGGAGUAUAUAGGGCCUGGGGGUGUCACCCCGACAGGCACGAACAUGCCCAUUGCGAGGGAGAAGCACAGAAGGCCACGACUAACAGAGUCCGCCCAGACCCUGAAGGCAGCCGAGGAAAUCACCAGCCAUGAUUUUGGCGAGAACCCACUGUCCUCAUUAAAUGAACGACCCAAACCUGGUAUCGAAGCCUGUGGGGAGAUGGCAGCUGCAGGGAGUGCUGUGAGCCUUGCCACACAAACACCGGCACCAGGUGGCACCCAGAGCCCUGGAGACCGCACAGUGGGAGAGCCGGAGACACUGGACCAGGAGGAAUACAGAAUCUUGUCUGAAAGCCACUCCAGAGGAGAGGCUCUCCCUCAAGACCCCCACAGCCAUGGCUUCCUGGACCCCUGGGUGUCCUCAGAGCCCAAGAGUAGAGCAGCAGGGAGGAGCCUCCUUAGAGGCAUGGCCCUCACCCAGCACACAGAGGACGCUGCAGCCCUCGCUUGGCACCCAGAGGACGCUGCAGCCCUCGCCCGGCACCUAGAGGUGCCCCGAUUACACAUUUCAAAUGCAUCAGCAGCCACGGGAGACAGAAAGGAUGUGACUGUGGAAGAAAGCCUUCUGGGUAAAGGCACAAAGUCUGGAACUCCUGCUUCCGAUCAUCCCAGAACACAGGCAGGGAGUGUGGCAGGGUCCCCCAGCCAUGGCCCUGGCAGCCCACCAUCGCCUUCUGAGAACCCACAGGGAAAGGGCAGAGAGGGCAUUGACUCUCCCCGUGGGGCAGAGCCUGACCAUCUGUUUCCUGUUGUGCCUCCUGCAAAGGCGGACACGGGGUGGUUGGGUGGUACCCACCAGCGGGACCCUUCCCAUGUACAGGCACCCCUGCCCCCUACUGCUGGUGACACACAGGCAACACUCUGGGCCAGUGUUUCCGAGCCCAGGACCCAGGCAGGUGAAGCCCAGAAGUGUCCCCCGACCCAGCGGGGUGAAUCUCAGAAGCGUCCCCCGACCCAGGCAGACCUGGGGAGGCAACAGAGUUGCCAGGUGCAGGAGGAGGCCCCUGAGCCCAGUGAUGCAGGGAAGAGCGGGACGCCUUUGGGCCUGAAGGUUGUGCUGACCGCAGCAAAAGAACCUCAGACACAGUGGGCGCAGGAUCUGGGUGGGGACAAAGGGAUGGCCAUUGGGGUUGGGGGUGCCUGCCAGCACAGUGACCAAGGUCAGCAGCGUCCAUGGGGACUCUGGGAGGAGCAGGGGAGGAGAGCAGUGCAGGGAGAGGGCACCAGGACUGCCAAGAACCUAGCCGUACCUCCAGGGGACCCCAAGGGGCCGGGAAGCCUGGCGGCCCAGGGGCAGGCCCAGAAACAGGCUCAGGAAAAGGCCCAGGGACAGCCCCAGAGGCAGAUCAAGAGAGAGGCCCCGGGACAGCCCCAGGGGCAGAUCCAGAGAGAGGCCCCGGGACAGCCCCAGGGGCAGAUCCAGAGAGAGGCCCCGGGACAGCCCCAGGGGCAGAUCCAGAGAGAGGCCCAGGGACAGGCCUUGGCCUGUGGGAUGGUGCCUUGGGCCUGGGAGCAGCCCGUUAGUGGCACAGCUGAGCUAGUGGCCACUGCUGGAAGGAGUGGAGGGUCUGGAAGCCCAGCCCCCAGGGACAAUGGACAGUGGAGGGGCAGUGGACUGGGGGAGCCUGGUGCCCAGCACCCACCCCCAAGAAGCCACCCCCUCGGGGGCAAGAGCAUUGCCACCUCUCCCCUGGGCCUGAGAAAGAGCCCAGCUGAGCACACGCCUGAGGCUGGGAGCUGGGGAACUCCCCAGGCCCCGACCCAGGAGGGGCCCUCAGGCCACCCCAGGGCGAAGAGGGACCUGCAGGACGCAAUGGAGGCAUCAGAGCCUGAAUGUCUCAAGAGGUCCACGCGUCUGGCCAAGUACAAAGCCCAAAGCUUCAGUGACCAGAGGGCCUUCGAUUUGUCCUUCAGACCAAUGAGCCUCAGGGCCAGUGACACCUUUGAGCUCCCAAAGUGAGGCCCGAGUCCAAGCCGUGGUGCCCAGCACUUCGGCAUCCGCCCAUCGGGGCCUUCAGGCAUUGUCUUGCCUCCAAAUUCGUUCUGGAGCGUCCCCUACAGAGACACCUGUUUCCAUCAUUUUCUUUCCCUUCUUCGCAAGCUGACCUUGGGAGGACUGAGCUACAAGUGGGUGGGGUCCGUGUCGCCCCACAGAUUCCCAAGGCUGCUG